UUCAGAACGAUUUCACAAACCUCUGUGGCAUGCUUUCUACUGCCCUCUGCUGCCAGUUUAACAGAAAGAUCAGAUUCUGGGUAAAUCCACCAAUCUUCCUCCUAAACUCAUGCAGUAGAAAAGUUUUCGGGCACUCUCCGUACAGGCAGCUGAGUGUGUGAAAAGUUUCAGGUAAUAGUGCACCUUCGUGGAGAAGUCAUGGCAGCGAGAGGAGGAGGGAAGCAGCAGGCAGCUGCUCUCAUUUUGUCUGCAGUCAAGGUCUUUCUCACCACCAAAGAAAGAAUUCCAAGACAGUACAAUCAAGGAAUUGAAAACUCAUAAACUUGAGGGGUUGUCAUAGAGCUCCAGUUGUCUUUGACUCAGGUCCUUGUGCCAUCGUGUCAAACUAAUUCAUGCCCCUGGAGUUAUCAUUAUUACAGAGCAACAGUUAGUUCGUGGUCAUCUUGGUUGAUGAUGCUUAUCAAAACUGCCGUUUUGAGAAUGCUGUCAGAAGGGUAUCUCAGUGGACUUGCCUACUGGAAUGACAUUCAUUGGAAUUGUGCCUCUUAUAAUGAACCGGUCACUGGAGAACAGGGCAAGGAGACAAGUUCUGUUACUGCUCUUUCCUAUUCCUCUGUGGAUGAAACACAAGUCCAAAGUGUUUAUGUGAGCUGCAAAUCCUCCAGCAAGUUCAUCUCAUCAGUACAUGCGAGAGGGAGUCAACACAGCAGGAGCCAGAGCAGAACAGUGUUGCAAACAAACCCCAACCCUGUAUUUGAAAGUCCAACCUUGGCCACAGUUGACAUUUGCAGAGAAGCAAUCAGAGAGACCUAUUUGGUUCCACCUUCUUGCAAAAGUAUUUGUAAAAAUUACAAUGACUUACAUAUUGCGGGAGGACAGGUGAUGGCCAUUAACUCAGUAAUGGCAGAUUUUCCCUCAGAGAGCAGCUUUGAAGAUGGCCCUUUGCUGAGGUCAUCUGAGAUUCCUUUGUCCAUGGAGGACUCAAUUUCCAUUCAGCCCACUGAAUUUCCCCUCAAACCGAUCCAGCGGUACUCAUCCUACUGGAGAAUAACCAGCAUCAAAGAGAAAAGCAGCCUGCAAAUGCAAAAGCCUAUUUCAAAUGCAGUGCUCAACGAGUAUCUGGAGCAGAAGGUGGUGGAGUUAUAUAAGCAAUACAUUAUGGACAAUGUGUUUCAUGACAGUUCUCCUACCCAGAUCCUGGCAUCAGAACCCAUCAUGACAAACGUGGACCAAAUUAGUCUUCAAGUUUCUAGAGAGAAGAAUCUGGACACCUCAAAAGUCAAGGACAUAGUUAUUAGCCACUUAUUGCAGUUGGUCUCAUCGGAGAUCAGCACCCCUAGUCUCCAUAUUUCUCAGUAUAGCAGUAUAACACCAUAGGGAAGAUUCCUGUCAGCUCCUCUCGUUCCUAUCGCUAAGCAAUACUGUAUUCAUUUAUUCAGAGGAUGUGAGGGAGGGAAUAAUGGAAGGGAAUUAAGGACUAGUGAAGGAAUGUUUGAGAAAUCUUAUACUACUCUACAUGCUGAAGGAAUACAGGAAAAGGAACCAUGAGGGACGGUCUCAAGGGCAGGUUUAUACAGAAAUAGAGUAAACUGAAAAUGAUCACAGAGAGAAGGAAGGGGUUACAAGUCAGUUAUAGGCGUACUGAAAUGGGAAGAUAAGCCCAAUCAGGAACAAAAGGAAACACUACGGCUAAACUCUAAAGCCAGAGGGCUUCAGGAUUAGGGAGUAAACAUGUGUUUCACAUUCACAUAAAUUCUUCUAGGCUGUUUCUUCUAGAAAGAAAUGAACUACAGGAAGGUUGUUAAAUUUGGGUGGACUAACAUUUUUCCAAGUAUAAGCUUGUAUCUUUUUUUCUCUAUUCUGUAUCAGUAGGUCAUUUAGGACUAUUCUUUGUAAAUAUUAAAGGUAUACUAAACAUUA